AUGUCGAAUAUCAUCACUGGCGAGAUCUACGAGAAGAUCAUUCAAGAAGUCAUCAACGCUUCGCAGAACGACUUCGAAGAGAAUGGUGUUCAGCAGCAGACCUUGGUAGAACUGCAACAGUCAUGGCAGCACAAGAUGUCGCAGCGCGAUGUUGCGCAGAUGCCUUGGGAUCCUAAGCCGGCUCCACCUCCGCCUCAACAACCCGCUCAACAGCAGCAAGCACAACAACCUACCCCUACACCAUUGCCUGUGCAGAACGGAGCUCCUGUCCAGCACCAAGCCCCUCAGAAUGGACAUGCGCAGCCCAAAGCUGAAUCGGGCUCGAAUGCUCAGCCUAUGCACAACUAUCCUCCUGCUCAGCAAGCAUACCCUCAACAGGUCAACAACCAGAUGAUGGCACAGCAACGUGCUGCAUCCUUGCUCCAGCAGCAGUUCGGUCAACAAGCCAACGCGUCACUCAACGCCAUGCAACAGAGGGGCAUCGCUCUUCCCGGAGGUAUUCAGAACGCUCCACCCCAACAACAGUCACAACAACAGCAGCAGCAGCAGCAGCAACAGAGACCGCAGGGCUUGCAGUUGCCCGCACAAGCUGGACAGACUACCGCGCAGCCAGCACAGGCCCAACAGCAACGCCAGAUGCAAGCUCAGUAUGCUCAGCAAAUGCGCCAACAGACUGCUCACCAGCAGCCCCAAGUCAAGGUCGAAGGCAAUGGCCAAUAUCCUCAGCAACCUGGCGUCAACUACUCGCAGACAGAUGGCUCAGACGAAGCUGCACUUGACGAGUGGAAGAGAUACAUAACCGAGAGACGCAGAGUCAGCUCGGCUCAAGAGCAUGAGAACGAUCGUAUGAUGAGACGUCAAAUCGAAGACCUGCAGCACAAGCUUGAAAACGGAUUGUUGCUUCCUCUGGACGACCAAAAAGAACACCGCCGUCACACAAAGCAUGUAUCUGCACGUAGAGGCCGCACAAACAAUGUCUCGCGCUUGGCCAGCAUCCCCCAACUGGACGGCGAUGUGGACGAAGAGGACGAGGAUGCCAUCAAUUCAGAUCUUGACUCGUCGAGCGAUGAAGCUGGCAACAACGCUGACGAGGAGGACGAGGAGAUUGAUCAUGUCCUUUGCACGUACGACAAGGUGCAGCGUGUCAAGAACAAGUGGAAGUGCACCCUCAAGGAUGGUAUCAUGUCGGCCAACGGCAAGGAGUACCUCUUCCACAAGGCUCAAGGAGAGUUUGAGUGGUAG